AUGAAUGGAGAUAGAGAAAAAGAGACAGAAGGAGACAGAGAAGGGGACAGCAAGAGAGGAGACAGCAGACAGAACAAAAGGAGACAGAAAAGAGACAGGAAAAGAGACAGAGAAGGACAGACAAAGGGACAGAAGGAGACAGAGAAGGAGACAGAGAGAGAGGAGACAGAAGAAAGGAGACAGAGAAAGGAGACAGAAGAAAGGAGACAGAAGAAAGGAGACAGAAGAAAGGAGACAGAAGAAAGGAGACAGAAGAAAGGAGACAAAAAGGAGACACAAAGGAGACAGAAAGGGGACAGAGAAAGGAGACAGAAGGAGACGGAGAGAAAGGAGACAGAGAAAGGAGGCAGAGAAAGGAGACAGAAAGGAGACAGAGAGAAAGGAGACAGAGAAAGGAGACAAAAAGGAGACAGAAAUGAGACAGAAAGGAGACAAAAAGGAGACAAAAAGGAGACAAAAAGGAGACAAAAAGGAGACAAAAAGGAGACAAAAAGAAAGGAGACAAAAAGAAAGGAGACAGAAAGGAGACAAAAAGAAAGGAGACAAAAAGAAAGGAGACAAAAAAAAUGA